AUGGACUCCGCCGCCGCCGUGACCAUGGACGUCAAGCAGGAGGAGCCCGAGAUGGUGGUGCUGGACGACGACGACGGCGACGCGGGCUGCUGCCUGGCGCCGACGCCGCUGGACCUGUCGGCGGCCGCGGCGGUGCCGCCGUUCCUGGCCAAGACGUUCGACAUGGUGGAGGACCCGGCGACGGACGCGGUGGUGUCGUGGGGCGCGGCGCGGAACAGCUUCGUGGUGUGGGAUCCCCACGCCUUCGCCGCCCGCCUCCUCCCGCUGCACUUCAAGCACGCCAACUUCUCCAGCUUCCUCCGGCAGCUCAACACCUACGGAUUCCGUAAGGUGAACCCGGACAGGUGGGAGUUCGCCAACACGGGCUUCCUCGGCGGGCAGCGCCACCUCCUCGCCGGCAUCCGUCGCCGCCGCGGCGCCGACACCGGCCGCCGUCCCGCUGCGGCAUUGUCGCCGUCGUCGUCGUGCGCGGAGGGCGCCGGCGGCUUCGGCCCAGUGGAGGGGGAGCUGGAGCGGCUGCGGCGGGACCGGGAGGCGCUGAAGCGGGAGCUGGCCGGGCUCAAGCGGCAGCAGGAGGAGGCGCGCGCGACGCUGCUCGACAUGGAGCGCCGCGUGGAGGGCACGGAGCGGCGGCAGGAGCAGUGCAAGGCCUUCCUCGCGCGCGCCGUCAGGAGCCCGGCCUUCCUGGCCAACCUGGCGCGCCGCAACGGCCUCAGCGCGGCGGCUCCGGCGUCCGUCAUCGACGGCAAGAAGAAGCGGCGGCUUCUCAACGCCAACUCUUCGCCGCCGCCCGCGGAGGACGGGUUCACAUUCGAGGAGCUGGCACUGGCGGCCGGCGUCGUCGAGGAAGCGGCCGCGCCGACCCGGAGCGGCGUCACGACGGACAUGAUCUGGUACGAGCUGCUCGAGGAGGGGCAGGCGGAGAUAGACGUGGAGGUGGAGGAGCUCGUGGCCGCCGCGGGGGACAUGGAGCCGUGGGAGUUCGGCGAGGAGGAGGAUCCGGAUGAUGGAGUCUGUGGGGAUGCAAGGUGUGGAAGGGAGCGACAGUCAGUACGCUCCGGAAGUUCAGAUGCCUAG